AUGACGAAGAGUAAUGAGAGUUUAGCAGAUGAUUUCAUACUGGUGGGCUUCUCUGACCAGCCUCAGCUUGAGAAGAUCCUCUUUAUGGUUGUGUUAAUCUCCUAUCUCCUGACACUGGUGGGCAACACAGCAAUCAUCCUGGUCUCUUGUCUGGAUCCCAUUCUCCACACGCCUAUGUAUUAUUUUCUUAGCAAUCUCUCCUUUGUUGACCUAUGUUUUACCACCAGCAUUGUUCCCCAGCUGCUGUGGAACCUCCAUGGUCCAUCCAAGACAAUUAGUCCUAUAGGCUGUGCCAUUCAACUCUAUGUAUCCCUGUCACUGGGCUCCACUGAAUGUGUUCUCCUGGCUAUCAUGGCAUUUGAUCGUUAUGCUGCUGUUUGCCGACCACUCCAUUAUCCCAGGGUUAUGCAUUCACGGCUUUGCCAGUCUCUUGCAGGAAUGGCUUGGUUGAGCGGAAUGGGCAACACCCUAAUCCAGGGCACUAUCACCCUUCGGCUGCCCCGUUGUGGGAACAACAGGAUUUACCACUUUAUAUGUGAAGUGCCUGCCAUGAUCAAGUUGGCCUGUAUAGACAUUCAUGUCAAUGAGGUCCAGCUCUUUGUGGCUUCCUUGGUGCUCCUCCUCCUUCCUCUGGCACUUAUCUUGAUCUCAUAUGGAUGCAUUGUCCAAGCAGUAAUGAGGAUCAGGUCAGCUCAAGCCUGGCAUAAAGCCCUUGGCACUUGUGGGUCUCACCUAUUGGUGGUUUCCCUCUUCUAUGGGACCAUCACAGCUAUCUAUAUCCAGCCCAGCAGCUCUUAUGCCCACAGUCAAGGAAAGUUCAUAACCCUUUUGUAUACUGUUCUAACUCCCACCCUUAACCCUCUCAUUUACACUCUGAGAAACAAAGAUGUAAAGGGGGCUUUGAAGAGGCUGGUACGAAAAGAUCAGAGCACAGCAGAGUAA